UCUAGAAAUUUUUCUUGAAUCUGAAUCAGAACCACCAUCAAAAUAUCUCACAUCCACUGGGAGUUCAUCAACAUCUGCUACAAGAACACCAAAUCCGGAAUAUAAGGUAUGGAAACGCCAAGAUCGCCUUAUCUCCUCAUGGCUUCUAGGGUCCAUGAGUGAAGAAAUACUAAAUCAGAUGCUUCAUUGCAAAUCUGCAAAAGAAAUUCGGGGAACUAUUUAAGAUGUUUGCUAUGGUGGCUUCCCCCGACCUAAAUAUUGACAACAAUUGGUAUCCUGAUUCGGGAGCUACAAACCAUUUAACUCAGAGCUUGAGCAACCUAUCUACUGGAUCUAAGUACGGGGAGGAAUUCAAAUAUAUGCAGCAAAUGGGUUAGGUUUUCCAAUCACUCAUUAUGGUUCUAUGUCAUUUAACUCCUCUAUAUUACCAUUCAAAUCGUUUACACUAAAUAACUUUUUCCAUGUUCCAUUCAUUACCAAAAAUUUAAUCAGUGUUUCACAAUUUGCUAAAGAUAAUCAUGUUUUCUUUGAAUUUCACCCCACUUUGUGUUAUGUGAAGGAUCUGGAUACUGGCCAAGUACUUCUUCAAGGACUACUCAAUGAUGGGCUCUACAAAUUUACCAUCCAACCAUCACAUAAAAGACUUCACCAUUCUGAACUCAACACCAAGUCUGUUUUCAAUACAGUUGUACCUAAAUCUAAUACUCACUUACUUGAUCUAUCGCAUAGAAGACUAGGUCAUCCCCAUUUACCUACUGUUAAAGAUGUUUUGAAUCACAUUGACUAUUCUUCUGGAACUAGGAAUAAAAUGACUUUUUGUGAAGCAUGUGCAUUGGGCAAACAUCAUGCCCUUCCUUUCUCUCACUCCCUUACUCAUUAUACACAUCCUUUACAAAUUAUUAGUUGUGAUUUAUAGGGUCCUGCAAUAAAUGUAUCUCAUAAUUGUUUUAGUUACUACAUAAGUUUUGUUGAUGCCUAUAGUAGAUACACCUGGAUAUAUUUCUUAUAUUCCAAGCCUGAUGCUUUUUUAACCUUUCAAAAUUCAAAACCUGUGUUGAAAAGUCUCUUGGUCAAUCAAUUAAAAGUCUUCAAACUGAUGGUGGUACUGAAUUUAAACCAUUCAAACCUUUUCUUGAUCAACAUGGCAUUAAACAUAGGAUAACAUGUCCUUACACUUCAAAGCAGAAUGACAUAGUUGAGAGAAAACAUAGGCAUAUCAUGGAAAUGGGUCUUACAUUGCUAUCUCAAGCCACUGUACCUCUAUCAUUCUGGGAUGAAGCCUUUUCCACUAGUGUCUAUCUCAUAAAUCGUUUGCCUACCUCAGUACUUGAUAAUAUAAGCCCGUUAGAUAAGCUAUUUGGUUGGAAACCUAACUUUCCUUCUUUUCGAGUCUUUGGCUGUAAAUGUUAUCCCUAACUUCGACCCUACCAAUCACAUAAACUAUCUCUCCAAUCCACACCAUGUACUUUCCUAGGAUAUAGUACAUCACAUAAAGGGUACAAAUGUCUAGCUUCAGAUGGUCGCCUUUUCAUUUCUAAACAUGUAUUAUUUGAUGAAAAUUCAUUUCCAUAUGCAUCAUUUUCAUCUCAUUCUAGCAUGCUCAAAUCUAAAAAUGUCCUAUCUCCACCAUUUCACUCAAUAAUUCAAUCAUCCCUUAUAAACCAUAAUGAGGAUAGGCGACACACUGACACAGUUUCUGAUAACACUGAUCAUCUAAACCCUACUAUUGUGUAUCCUUUAGAGACAGGUACUCAAGAGAGCUCUCGGGAUGAUGGUAACAUUAGAGGUAUUACUCAAUCUCUAAGUCCUAUGGAACCACAACAUCAAAUUGACUCUGGUAUGAACACUCAACUUCAAUCUACAUCCGUUCAUCUCAUGAUAACACGGAGUAAGUAUGGUAUUUUCAAACCAAAGGCAUUCUUGAUUGAUUAUACUCAAACUGAACCUUGUAAUGCCAAGGAAGCUUUUAAACAUCCUCAUUGGAAAAAGGCCAUGGAAGAAAAGUUUGAAGCCUUACAGAAAAAUGACACAAAAUCCUAAUCAAAAAAUUGUUGUUUGCAAAUGGGUUUUUAAGAUAAAAAGGAAUUCGUAUGGGUCUAUUGCUAGAUAUAAAGCACGCUUAGUUGCUAAAGGGUUUCAUCAAACACCUAAUAUUGAUUACAAUGAAACAUUUAGCCCUAUUAUGAAAUUCGUUACUAUUCCCAUGCUCUUAACUAUAACAAUUAUGAAAGGAUGGAGUAUACGUCAAUUAGAUGUUAAUAAUUCUUUUCUUUAUAGCAAUUUAGAUGAAAGAUGUUUACAUGGAACAACCAUUUGGUUUUGAAGUUAAAAGCUGUUAUCCUAUGGUUUGUCAUUUGAAAAGGCUCUUUAUGGUCUUAAACAAGCCCCUCGAGCAUGGUAUGAAAAGUUGAGCUCAAGUUUACAUUCCCUUGGAUUUAGAACUUCCAAGGCUGAUACAUCUUUAUUAAUACGUGUUACUCCUACAUCUUGUUGCUAUGUCUUGAUUUAUGUUGAUGAUUUGAUUAUUAUGGGCAACUCUAAGAAAUAUGUGAAUUCUUUAGUUCAUUCUUUAAACAGCCAAUUUGCACUUAAGGAUUUGGGAAAGUUGAGCUACUUUCUUGAAGUUGAGGUGUCAUACCCAACUAAUGGAGGUUUGUUUUUAUCUCAAUCAAAGUAUAUUACUGAUUUAUUACAGAGAACAAAAAUGUUAGACGCUAAACCUAUCUCUACAUCUAUGGUAAGUGGUCCUUUACUUUCUGCUUUUCAAGGGGAACUAUUUCAUGAUGUGCAUCUGUAUAGAAGUAUUGUUGGUGCAUUACAGUAUGCCACACUUACUCAUCCUGAGAUAUCAUAUAGUGUCAAUAAAGCUUGUCAAUUUAUACAUACUCCAAAACAUACACACUGGCAGCUUGUGAAGAAAAUUCUAAGAUAUCUUAAAGGUGUACUAUAUCAUGCUUUAUGGCUUAGCAAGUCUGAUAAUAUGUCUUUAGAUGGUUUUGUUGAUGCGAAUUGGGCUUCUGAUCCAGAUGAUAGAAAAUCUACUUCUGGUUUUUGUGUUUAUUUUGGAAAUAACUUAGUAUCUUGGGGUUCCAAGAAACAGUCUAUUAUUGACAGGUCUAGUACUAAAGCUGAAUAUCGUUGCCUUACUCUUUUGGCAACCGAACUGGAAGAACUUUUGGAGUUGCAGGAUCAAAAUCUUGCUUCAACCAUCAGAGACCAGCAACGUCGGGCUUUAGAGUUGUGGGAAAGUUGGAAAUAUGACAAAUUAGUAAAGAGUCAACACAAGAUGGUGUUCAAAAGAUAUUCAGUGCAAAGGUGGUGAUAUUAAAAAACGGUUGAGUCUAGGACAAGAAGGAGAUGCACCUUCAAACGCAUAGGUAGAGAUCGACUUCCCGGUGCCUGAUAGACUGCCUUAGUCUGCAGAAGCUUCAUUAUCGAUUGCCAGUACGUGUUUUGAGUUGGACAUAGAGUCUGUUGUGUUGUGGUGUAUAUACACCCUUGUAUGUUAUAGAUACUCCACAGUUUGUAUAAGCUUUAGGAGCUGUAGUUGUGUAAAUUUUGUUGGUUAUAUUUUGAUUAUGGUGUCUUUAGGUUUACUCGUGAAAUCGGUAAAUUUUGAGGUACACUUCAUGUAUGUGUUUAACUAGCCUAGGAUCCGCUGUGUUUUGUGGCAUGUACAACAGUUUAUAUACUAGAUUGGCAAGUUCAUCACAUGAAAGUUUUAAGCAGAGUCGACAGAUACAAGUACAGAAAAGCGUUGUUCGUCGGCUUCACGCCAUCUUUCGGUCUAAGGUAGCAGGUAGUCCGGGAGGGGGUGUGACAAUGUACUGCCAAUUUUUGUAGAUUGUAAGUUGCAACUCUUCCAGGGUUAGCAAGGAAGCACAUCA